AUGUACCCCCCGAAAGAAACCCUUUUAGAGGCGCUCAAACCACAUCUGUCUUACCCGGCUGGCAAGUGCCCGUGGAAGUCUACGAUUCCCGAUCCCUUCACUGGUCGCCUCUGGGCAUGGCUUCCAUUCAAACUUGCCGAUCAGAGCGGCCGCAUCAUCCUAUGGUACCUGCCGGGUCUAUUGACCGACGCUCGACAGCAGGAUAUGCUGGAUGCUUUGCGGACUCUUGGUACGGUUCUUGCUCGUGGGAAGUCCAAUCCCGACCCGUCAUCCACCUCUCGCUCCACUAAGGAAUGGCGCCGUAACGGCGUAUUAUUCAACCCAGACGUCCCUGCUCAUGGAGUUCCAUCUGGCGGGAUGAGUGUAUCUGCAGGCUGGUACCACAAGCCACAGGAUGUAUGUUCUUAUUUACCCAAGGCAGCUGUGCUCUUGGAGCGAAACCCUUCCGUCGCCGACUGGGCCCGAUCAUCGGCGGAGACAUUCGCCCUCAUGUCGGGAAUUCUCGCCCUUGUUCAUCCGACACAAUACGAAGAGGGGCUACGCUGCAUGCGCAAGCUCGCACGUGAAAGCCUCACACCUGACAUUGUCGGCGAUUGGGAAUGUGUAUUCACGGCUAUCUCCGUAAUGGUGAAUCGCGAAACGAUUUUUCAUCGAGAGGGGCAGGGUCAUUACGAAUGGUAUAACAUUCUGGCGACAUACGGGUCCUACCUAUGCGGGCAGCUCUCGUUUCCGGGAAUCGGCAUAGACCUUGAUUCCCGUCCAGGCACUGUUGUCGCGUUUUGUGGCAACAUCCUGCGGCAUGGAGCUCCGCGAUGUAUUGGAGAGCGUGUAUGCCUAGCUUACGAUAUGCGAGAGGCAGUUCACCGAUGGGCGGCCACGGGGCCUGCACAGUGGUCUCGUGGCCCUAACCCUACAUAG